AUGUCAGAGAACACGUCCCCAGUAGGAACAGCACACCCCACAUUUCCUCACUUCCCCAGCCUCCCGGCGGAGCUACGAAUUCUAAUCUGGCACGGAGCCCUCCCGGAAAAAGACAACCCAGCCCUAGUCUUCUUCAAAAAAGGAUGCUGGCGCCGGCGCUGCCUCUCUGAAACCGAGCAGGGGUACGACCCCACCGAUCCCUCCCAUCCGCACUUCUACUUUGAUCCCGAACUACUAGACCACAUAGAGGUCAAUGUUCCACUGUUCUUCGUCAAUCGCGAAGCCCGCAGGAUCGCUCUAGCAUGGUGCCGCGAGCAGCGAAUCUCACUCCGCUUCGUCCGCAACCAACAGUCCCUUAUAUUUUCGCGCCCGUUCAACUCAAAGCACGACGUGCUGUAUGUCCCGCUUGAUCAGUGGAACAGCUUCCUCUGCGAGCCGUAUGAUCAGAUGUUCACACCUGAAUGGACUGGCCAGUCCGUCAGUACUUAUGCUCUUGAGCUGGGGGCCAUCGCUGUUCCUGAGGCACAGGUUUAUAGCAACCCCGCUGUACUGCAUGAGAUGUUCGAGUGGCCCUAUCGUCCAGCGGUGCUGUACGUCGUCCUCGACUCACCGCCGGAUCUGCGGUUGGAGUAUGCAGGGCAAAAUGUCCAGCGGCGGUGGGAGGUUCGGACCUGCCAAGGGGGGUCAUUGUUCUAUACCUGGAAAGACGGCCGUGGGAGCUUUGAGGAAGGGGCUAGUGAGCGUUCUGGGCAUGAAGUCUUGUACGAGCGGAUCAAGGAGGUUAGCAAAGGGCUCGGUGAAGGGAUUACACUGCACAAUGUCCGUAGCUUUGAGGUGCGGCCUGUCUGUGUCGUUCGGUAUGAGGGUAGUACAUCGUUUAUACUUUGA